AUGACGGGGAUGUCACGGACGGGAUGGCCUGUUGCUACUCGACCACAGAAAGUUGUUACCACUCCAGUUACAUUGAAAAAACCAAAUGAUACUCGUAAUAGCAUUGAUCGAGCUAUCAAUUUGUAUCCACUGACGAAUUACACCUUUGGGACGAAAGAUCCACAAGCUGAACGGGACCAUUCAGUGCAGGCACGAUUUCAACGUAUGCGUGAAGAGUACGAAAAAAUUGGAAUGCGUCGAUCGGUUGAAGGUGUUCUGCUCGUUCAUGAACAUUCCUUACCUCAUGUGCUAUUAUUGCAAAUUGGUACUACGUUUUUCAAAUUGCCAGGUGGUGAAUUAAAUCCCGGAGAAGAUGAAGUUGAAGGGUUAAAACGAUUACUUACUGAAACACUAGGACGACAAGAUGGUGCCAAAGACUUAUGGACUAUUGAAGACGUUAUUGGUAAUUGGUGGCGUCCGAAUUUCGAUCCACCUAGGUAUCCAUAUAUUCCUGCACAUGUUACAAAGCCAAAAGAGCAAACGAAAUUAUUUCUUGUUCAACUUCCGGAACGAGCACUUUUUGCUGUGCCGAAAAAUUACAAACUUGUAGCCGCACCGCUUUUUGAGUUGUACGACAACUCAACUGGUUACGGCAAUUUGAUUGCAAGCCUUCCACAGGUUCUUAGCAGAUUCAAUUUUCUGUAUACGCCAUGA